ACAUCGCCAACACUCAAGAAACGAACUCUUCAGUACCUGCACUUCAGUUACGCGCACCUCCCCGUCCUCCCCCCAUCCAUCGUGGCUGCCUGUCAAGGCCAAGUUCACGCAUUCGACUCUCAGGACCUCGUCAACACCUACAUCCCAGAUGGCCCUGAGACUGUCAUCUACACCUGUGAGCAGCAGCCGUGCCCCAACCAAACACCCCGAUCGAUCGAGCAGGAUUACCCACGGUACAAAGCGAUCAGAAGGGCCCAACAUCUGCUCGGCCCCCGCAGCACCCUCGCCUCCCGAUCCGCCUCACAACAUUCUCGCCCUGUCUCCCCCAGCUCUCGCCUUCCCCAAACUGUCACCGGUCCAAGUCAAGCGCGAGGAGAUCUCCCUCCAGACCCUGCGCCAGAGCCUGAGCCUGAGGAGAGUGCGAGUAAAGAAGGAGUCUCGGAGUCCGAGUCCGCGGAUUCUAUUCGGUCCGCCUCGCCGACAGCGCUCACCCCCGCGUCAGCAGUCCCUGACCGGAGGGCCAUCACAGCCGCCUCCGCCCCCGCGCCGUCCUCCGUCCCCCCCGUCGCCGAUAAUGUCUUCGCCCACUGCUGCCCCCGACAAGGAGACCCUGAAGCUCCUCCUCCCUCUCCGCUAUGA